AUGGCAACUUCUAACAGAUAUUUCCCAGUACCACAACCGCUAUUACAAACAGGCAAUAUGGCGGCCAAUUGGAAAAGAUUCAGAAGAGACUGGGAUAACUAUGAAAAGGCCACGAAACUCACUACAGAGACAGAAGAUAUACGUGUAGCAACACUAAUGACCAUAAUUGGAAGUGAGGCAGCAGACGUGUCUGAUUCAUUUGGAAAAGGGCAGGAGACAAAAAUAAAUGAAAUUUUAAAGAGUUUUGAAGAGUUCUAUGUUGGGAGAACCAAUGAAACAUAUGAGAGAUAUGUCUUCAAUACGAGAAGACAAGAGGAGGACGAGAACAUUGACUCGUACAUAACUGCCCUGAAGAAACUGGCAAGCAGCUGCAAUUUUGAUAGACUAGAAGAGAGUCUGAUUAGGGACCGAAUUAUCUUAGGGGUUAGAAGUGAACAAUUGAAGACGAAACUGUUGCAAGACGAUAAACUAACCCUACAGAAAUGCAUAGAUGUGUGUAGGAUAUAUGAAAGAUCACAAAGGCAAAUGAAAGAUAUCAGAGAAGGAAGAAACGAACUUUUGGACAAACCAACGAUUGAAAGAAUCUCAACAUCUAAGUCAGGCCCAAAAUACAGGAAGGAAUAUCAACAGAGUGACAAAGGGCCAAGACAAAGGAAAACAUGUAAAUUUUGCAAGGGCGACCAUGAAUACAUAAAGGAAAAAUGUCCGGCCUGGGGAAAAUCAUGUCACAUUUGUGGAGGCAGGAAUCAUUUCGCCUCAGUCUGCAAAAAGAAAAUAUACAGCAUUACUCAGGCAAAGACACAGAGCAACAUAGACUCAGAUACAGAAGAAGAUGAAGUUACACUCCAAACUGAAUGGGUAAUGGCAAUGAAUGGCCCCAAAAAGCAUAGGAUGACGGCCGUUAUGAUGAUCAACAACCAAAGAGUCAGAUUCCAAGUGGACAGUGCCGCCGACGUCAAUACCAUAAACGAAAAAUAUGUGUGCCCAGACCAGAUAGUACCGACGUUCCAGAGGUUAACUAUGUGGAAUAAGACGGUAAUGGAGCCAAAAGGAAAAGCUACGUUGGUAACCACCAAUCUAAAGACCAAUGAGAAAUUCAAUGUAGAGUAUGUGGUAGUACCAAAUGAUCUAACAUGCCUGCUAGGAUUAUCAACUCUGAGGAAGAUGGAACUCAUUCACAUAAAUGAAGACCGAUUUAUUGCCAAAGUGGAAGCCACAGGAAACAAACAUCGAAACAUUGACGCACUCGGUGACUUGGGCGUGGCUACAUUGAAAAUAGACAAAACAGUGAAGCCCAAAGUCCUACCAUGUAGAAGAAUUCCGAUAGCAUUAAAAGAGAAAGUCAGAGCUGAACUAAACUCAUUAGUUCAACGAGGAAUUCUGGAAAGAAUAACUGAACCCACAGAGUGGGUUAGCCAAAUGGCAUUGGUAGAGAAAUCAGAUGGCAGUAUCAGAAUCUGCAUUGAUCCUCAACCAUUGAACAAGGCACUACUGAGGGAGCAUUACAACCUAACAACACUAGAAGACAUUUUGGCUGAAAUGGGUAACGCCAAGAUAUUUAGCAAAGUCGACAUUCAGGAAGCUUUUUGGCAUAUCAAACUAGACCCGGACUCAUCAGGUCUCACUGCAAUGGCGACCCCAUUCGGUAGAUACAAAUGGAAUAGACUUCCUUUUGGUCUCAAAGUAAGCUCGGAAGUCUUUCAAAGACAUUUGAAUGAUGCGUUGGAGGGACUAACAGGAUGUUUUAACGUGGUGGAUGAUUUAAUGGUAAUUGGAAAGGGGGAUACAGUAGAAGAGGCUCGCAAAAAUCAUGAGGAAAACCUAUCAAAAUUGCUCAAUAGGCUCAAGGAAAAAAAACAUCAGACUAAAUGA